CUUAAUUUUUGGAAUCCAUACCUUGUUCAAACCCUAGAACCCCAAUCACCAUCACAGAAACUUCUUCUACAUUUGUUUCUUUUUGACCAGUUAGAAACUUCAAAACACAACAAAAUCCUACCCCCUCUCUCCAUCAUAUGCUUCUCUAUAUCUAUCCUCACCCCAAUAACAUGUAUGGUAACAACCCAUCUCAACUCCACCCAAACACCAUCUCGAAUACCUAAUUUAUGAAUCCUAACUUCGCAGCGUCAAUGGCCACCGAAGCAACCACCAAAUUCCAAAAAUCUGAACUCCUACCCGUCCCACAACCCCCCGAUUUUCACCCGGAGAUCAUCGUCUCGCCGUCCCACGACGGCCUCCAAUUCUGGCAGUUCAUGAUCGCUGGUUCAAUUGCCGGUUCGGUCGAACACAUGGCCAUGUUCCCUGUCGACACCGUCAAGACCCGCAUGCAAGCCCUAGUCUCCUGCCCUAUUCAGCAAGUGGGUCUCCGUCACGCCGUCCGCUCCAUCCUCAAAUCCGAAGGCCCUGCCGGUCUCUACCGUGGCAUCGGCGCGAUGGGUCUUGGCGCCGGUCCGGCCCACGCCGUGUACUUCUCCGUGUACGAAAUGUGCAAGAAGGCGUUUUCCGGCGGAAACCCUAACAAUUCGGCCGCCCACGCGGUGUCGGGGGUGUUUGCUACGGUGGCGAGCGAUGCGGUGUUCACGCCGAUGGAUGUAGUGAAGCAGAGGCUGCAAUUGGGGAGUAGUCCGUACAAGGGGGUGAUGGAUUGCUUUAGGAUAGUGAUGAGGGAAGAGGGAGUUGGAGCAUUUUACGCAUCGUAUAGGACCACGGUGCUGAUGAAUGCGCCAUUCACGGCGGUGCAUUUCGCGACGUAUGAGGCGGUGAAGAGGGGGUUGAUGGAGGUGUCGCCAGAUAGUGCAAAUGAUGAGCGAUUGAUUGUUCAUGCCACUGCUGGAGCUGCUGCUGGGGCGUUGGCAGCUGCUUUGACAACGCCACUCGAUGUCGUCAAGACUCAGCUGCAAUGUCAGGGUGUCUGUGGAUGUGACAGAUUUCAAAACAGUUCAAUUAGGGACGUUAUUCGAACUAUUGUGAAAAAGGAUGGAUAUAUCGGGCUUAUGAGAGGAUGGAAGCCACGGAUGCUCUUCCAUGCUCCUGCCGCUGCAAUCUGUUGGUCAACAUAUGAAGCUGCAAAAUCCUUCUUCCAAGAGCUAAACAGUGGUAGCGACAGUAGCACAGUGACUUGAGGGGUAAUGAAGAAAAGGACACCCAAUUUUCCACUGUUGUAUUGAGGGAUGACUCUAUGAUUGAUGAGAAAUUUAUACGCGACAGGAGAGUGAGAAAGACGGAUCAAGCAUCUUUUAAGGCUGCAACAGCAGUUUCUGAUCGGCUUGAGGAUGCAAACUCGUCGGUCAGAGUAGAAUCAAGUUAUAUGUAUUGUAGUAUUAUUUUUAUUUUUUAGAAUUUCCGGAAUGUGUUUCAUGAAACCCUUGUCCGACCAUCCUCAUGCAUUUGGACUUCUGUUUCGGGGUUUCAUGAUGAUAUGGGGUUAUAAUUUGUAUCGGAAAUUUUUGAUCUGUUACUAGAAUUUUGAGGACUAGGAAUAUUUAUUGUAAGUACUGUUGGAGUUUAUUCAUUCAUUUGGAAUUGUUGACAAUUUUAAUAAUCUAAUUACUGAAUGCUAGCAGUUUCUAUGCUUAUAA